AUGGGAAAAGAAUGGCACAAGGGAGGAAGAUCCAUUUGUUCCUCUAAAAGCAAGGAAAAAUCCAAUGAAGCUAGUGGCUGCAUCACUGCUCUUUACCACUUUUUUCAUUCCCACCAUUUUUACUUUUCUUCACGUCAUCAUAACCACCAGCCUAGUAUUGAUUCUCCCUCCAGAAAUCCAAAAGGAUCGGUGGCCCCACGAAACAGCUUGGACUUAACAGAGGAGUCUCCAUUAUCAACAAACUAUAAGCUGGAAAAAGAAAUCUUGAACAUUCAUGUGGGCGGGAAGAAGUCAACACUUGGAGCACUUCUCAUUGACAGAUCCUCUAGUAACUGCAACUCACUUCGCACACAAGGUCCAAACAUGGUGGCUAGACUCAUGGGUCUUGAUCUUCUUCCGGACAACUUCGACCUUAAUAGAUCACCAAGGGUUGGAGUAAGAGGACAUAGAUUCUCCGGGAAUGGCUCAGGGACAAGAUCAUUACCUGUGAGCCCUAGGAUCUCCUCUGAUUCUGACCAUCGUCGCCUCUCUCUUCAGCUAAACAGAGAGAAUACUAAGCAUGAUGAAGAGUUUGCGCGUAAGAGGUUGAAAGAGUUGAAACAAGAUGAGGGAAGUCCAAGUCCCAGACGUAGUAGGAAGCAGAGGAAAGAGAGUGUACCCACCACAAGAAAAUUUGGUAUGGAUAUAACAAACUUGCUUGAGAACACAAGGGCAGGAGCAGCACAAAACAAGAUUGAGCAUAGCAGGUUUUCACAGAAAGAGAACACAUUCGUGUUAAGAGAAGAUCACAACUCUCGGAAACGACCAACAAAGGUGACCCUCAAGGAGAACUUGAAAGGAGUAAAAGAAUCAAAAGUAUCUCCUCAUCCAACACCCAAAACUCGAAAAGCCUUCAAGACUGUAUCAACACACGUAAAGACUGAUCUUUUAGAGAAGAAGAGAAUCUCAAAAUCAAAUGAAACUACGGUCAACAUCUCCAUAGCAUCAUCAGCUUUCUCUGUUACAGAACGUCCUCGGAAACAGAUGAAAAGAGCUGAAGAACCAGAGCGGAAUGCAGAUGCGAAGACAUGCUCUGUUCAAAUGUACAAGUACGAGAAGAAGCUCCAUCAAGAACCGCCAAGAUCCAAUAUUUACGGCUCUGCGACCUUAACCAACCCAGGAGGAACCGUUGCGGAGAUGAAGAAACUUAAAGAGGAAGAGGAAAAGGUCGUCGUAGAGAUUGAGAGGCAUAUCGUAGACGGCCUCGUGCAUGAAACGGUUGAAACAAUGUCGUUUCUAUGUUUAAACGCAAACGCUAUUAGAUGUGUAGAACGCCGUUAG